AUGGAACGGGGCACCAGAAUUAUAUGGGCAAAGGCUAUAUUUUGGAGUUCGAGUAUUGUUGCUCUUGGAUUUAUCUUGUUAAAGUAUGCGACGCCUGAUUCAGAGAAAUUACUUAAAGAAAUGUCACCGGGUGUGAGAAGACAAGUAGAAGAGAACAAAGAACUACGCAUGAAAGAGCAGGAGGAACUCAUGAAAAUAGUUAAAAAGACGGCUGCAUCCAAGGAUCCAAUUUGGAAAACAGGCCCUAUUAAAUCACCUUGGGAUCCUGAUUAUAAAAGAACCACAGAAUCAUCACUAGUCUCCAAACAGAAAUUCGAGAAGAUGAAAGCAUCAGAAGAACAAAAAGCAAAGUUGGCAAAAUUAAAGAACCAACAAACAUUGACGGAAGAUAUAGCGAAAAAAGAUAAGGCUACCAAGAGCUGGUUCAGAUUUUGGUAG